AUGCCUUUAGUUAUAUUUACCGGUUUUCCAAGUUCUGGUAAAACCAAAUGGGCCAAAUCAUUACAAUCCGAGUUGGAAAAGAGAAUUGCAAAUGCCAAAGAAAACUCUGAACCAGGACACAAUUAUAAUGUCAUAUACCAUUCCGAUGAGACAUUAGGUAUUGAUCAUGACAUUUAUCAUGACUCGAAUAAAGAAAAGCUUGCAAGAGGGUCACAGAUUUCCAUUGUUAAAAGGGAUAUAUCAAGAAAUAACAUUGUCAUUUUGGAUGCUUUAUCAUAUAUCAAAGGAUUCAGAUAUCAACUUUACUGUGAAGCCAAAGGUAAUGUUACUCCUCAUUGUGUGAUACAUGUCAUUGCUCCCAUUGAAGAAUGUAUUAAAUGGAAUGAAGAAAAGAAGGAAAAUAAGUGGGAUCCUGUAUUAAUGAAACAACUUGAAAUGAGAUACGAGGAACCAAACGCGGAUACCAAGUGGGAUUCUCCAUUGUUUAGCAUUCUUUCCCAAGAUCCAAAUGAAAAACUUCCUAUGGAUGAUAUUUGGAAUGCUUUGGUCUUGAAGAAAGCUGCUCCACCUAAUGCUGCAACUUUAGUAAAACCAACAUCCGGAAAUUCAUUUUUACAAGAGUUGGAUAAAAAGACACAGGAAGUUGUUUCCCAAAUCCUCCAACAACAACAAAUUACAUCCGGUGAUGUGGUGAUACAGGAUGGAUUGGUUGUAUCAAUUCCUACAGGUACUGUUAGUACAGCUCAAUUGCAAAGAAUUAGAAGAUCGUACAUUGGUCUCAAUAGAAUGAGAUCCAUCGAGAUUGAUAGAAUAAUUCCAUUAUUUGUUGAAUACCUUAAUAGAAGCCUAAACAAUGAUGAUUAG